AUGAUGAAAGCUCUCAAAUUGUCAAAUUUCUUCAAUAAACAGUAUCUUAAUCCGGCUGUGGGAUUUGGGUUUUCUCAUUAUAGUACCCGGAUCCCAAAAUCGUCCUCAAACACUCUGUUCAGGAGAAUUUUGCCACUCGGAGAUUAUAAGGUUUCCAUAGUUCCCAUUCUUAAUCAAUGGGCCCAAGAACAAGAAGGCCGACCCAUUUCGCAACUUCACCUCAGAGUCCUUCUCAAGCUCCUCCGGAACCAGAAUCGCUACUUUCAUGCUUUACAGCUGGCUGAAUGGAUGACUGUAGACUCUAAAUUAUCGCCUGGAGAUGUUGCAGUUAGGUUGGAUUUAAUCUGUAGAGUGCAUGGGUUAGAAGAGGCAGAGAAAUAUUUCAGAAGUCUCCCAGAUACUUUGGUAACAUUUAAGGUGUAUGGCUCUCUUCUCAAUUGCUAUGCUCACAGGAGAUUGGAAGGAAAAGCUGAGGCCGUCAUGCAGACCAUGAGGUCAUUGGGCUGCUAUAGGGAGCUGUCUUACAAUGUAAUGCUGAACCUCUACUUUAAGUUGGGAAAGCGCGAGAAAAUUGAUAUGCUGGUUCAAGAGAUGGAAGAGAAAGGCAUCAAGUAUGACCAAGCAACAUUCUGCAUUUUGCUGACAGUAUAUGGUACAGAUUCCAAUAUUCAGGCUAUGGAGAAGCUCUUGGAGAAAAUGGAAAAUGACCACACAGUAAGGGUGAAUUGGAAUGUCUGCGUGGUUGUAGCGAAGGGAUACAGAAAUGCUGGCCUAGAUGAGAAAGCUUUUGACAUGGUGAAGAAGGCUGAGAAACUUAUGAAGGGGCAUAAAGCUGCUGCCUAUACAUAUCUGCUUAGUAUGUAUGCCAGUUUGGGUGGCAAAGGCGAUGUCAUUCGUAUUUGGCAUCAGUACAAGAAGAGAGGACCUGUGGGAAACUUCGGUUAUUUUUACAUGAUGAAUGCUUUGGUUAGGUUGGAUGACAUUAGUGGAGCGGAGAAGAUUUUUCAGGAAUGGGAGUUGAAAAACACUCCAUAUGACUUCAAAAUCCUAAACACCUUGAUAAGGGCCUACACCAAAAAGGGCUUGCUGUCGAAAGCUGAAACACUCAUAAAUAGAACUGCGGAUUCUGGUAAGAUUAUACCCGGCAGCACAUGGGGUCUGCUAGCAAUUGGGUAUCAUCAAAAUGAUGAGAUGGAUAAGGCUGUGGAUGCAAUGAAAAAAGCCAUUAUGCGAUAUGAAGAUGGUUAUGGGAAAUUGGAUCCCAUCGCAUUAGGAGCAUAUCUUGAGCAUUUGAAAGAAAAGGGACAAGAGAAACAUGAGGAGUUCAUCAAGUUACUUGAGAAACAUGGUGUCUUUUCGAACAAAGUUGCUGACAAACAUGAGGAUAGGAGUUCUGACAUUACCAUAUUUGAUGAAGUUGAAGAGAACCAUGAAGAACUGUAUCUUGCUUCUGCUCGAUAA